UACAUUUCAUCUCUGGUGAUCAGGGAAAGUACCACUGGAAUUGAAUAACUGAACACGUCAUGUUGGCUAAGCUCCUUCUCCUCGCUCUGGUGGGGAUCAGUACUGCCUACCAGUACGAGUACCGCCGGGAGUUCUACUACAACCGACCGGAGAACAAGACCGGAUUCGAGUUCGGUGCCUGGGAACCGAACCGCGAGUACGUCUACAAUGUAACCUCUAAGACGAUGACGGCUCUGGCUGAUCUGGCCGAUCAGUGGACCGGAAUCGUGUCCCGUGCCUACCUGGUGGUACGCCCGAAGGAUCCGGAAUACGUGGUUGUCUACGUCAAGCAGCCCGAGUAUGCCGUAUUCAACGAUGUGCUGCCCCAGGGAUACCGCACUGAGCUCCAGUACUGGAACGAUCUCAAGUUCCAGCCGAUGCCAAUGAGCAACAAGCCAUUCGCCAUCCGCUAUCACAAGGGAGCCAUCAAGGGAUUGUACGUUGAACAGACCGUUCCCAACCAGGAGGUCAACAUCCUGAAGGCCUGGGCCAGUCAGCUGCAGCUCGAUACUCGUGGAGCCAACCUGAUCAAGUCCAAAUACAACCAGCUGCCGGAAAACAACACCCUGAACGGUGUCUACAAGGUCAUGGAACCAGUCGUCACUGGCGAAUGUGAAACUCUGUACGAUAUCAACCCAAUCCAGCCAUUCAUGGUCAAGGCUAACCGUCAAUGGGUUCCUCAGCCUCAGCUCCGUGAAGAUGGACAGUACUUCAUCCAGGUCACCAAGACCCAGAACUUCGACAAAUGCGAACAGCGCAUGGGAUACCACUUCGGAUUCUCCGGCGAGAGCGACUUCAAGCCUAACUCCAACCAGAUGGGCAAUGUUGCCUCCAAGUCCGUUGUCUCCAACAUGUUCUUGACCGGAACUCUGUACAACUACACCAUCCAAUCGUCCAGCACCAUCAACAAGGUUGUGAUCGCCCCAUCCUUGGUUAACAACGAGAAGGCCAUCGUCUACUCUCAGGUCAACAUGACCCUGAACAAGGUUCAGCCUUUCGAGAAACUGCCAAUUGGUCCAGCUGAAGACCGUCAGGUGUUCGUUGAUCUGGUCUACAGUUACAACAUGGCCAACGACAAGAAGAACGCCGUUCGUCCAGGAAACGAAACCGAAUCAUCGUCUUCUUCGUCCUCAUCGUCCUCGUCCUCUUCUUCUUCAUCUUCUUCCGAAUCUGACUCCUCCAGCUCGUCGAGCUCAUCUGACUCUUCAAGCUCCAGCUCAGAAUCCAAGGAAAACCCAAAGGUCAGCCCAGUCGAACAAUACAAGGAAGAUCUGAAGCAAGUCGAGAAGCGCGGAAACCGCAACCGUCGUGAUCUGGAUGCCCAGAAGGAAAAGAAAUACUACGAAGCCUACAAGAUGGAUCAGUACCGUCUGAGCCGCAAAAACGAUACCUCUUCCGACUCCAGCAGCUCCGAUGACUCCUCAUCCAGCAGCUCCUCCAGCUCUUCGGAAUCCCAAGAGAAGAACCGCAGAAACCCUUCUGCCUCAUCUUCUUCCUCCUCCUCAUCUUCCUCAUCUAGCUCCGACUCUUCCUCCUCCUCCUCUUCGGAGCCCAACUCCCUGAGCAGCGAGGAAGCUUACUACCAGCCAAUCCCAGAGAGCUUCAAGGAAGCCCCUCAAACUCCAUUCCUGCCAUACUUCACCGGAUACAAGGGAUACAACGUCGACUAUGCUCGCAAUGUCGAUGCUCCACGCACCAUCAUCAAGCUGGUCCAGGAAAUCGCCGAUGAGCUGCAAAACCCAUCCAUCAUGCCUCAGUCCAACACUCUGAACAAGUUCAACAUUCUGUCUCGUGUCAUCCGAACCAUGGACUACAAGGAUAUCUACGAGGUUGCCCAGAAGUUCUUCGUUUCCCAGAAGGAACGCAAGGAAGGAGACAACCACAGCGAAAAAUUCGCCAAGCGCGUCGAUGCCUGGAACACUUUCCGUGACGCUCUUGCUGAAGCCGGAACUCCACCAGCCUUCAAGGUCAUCAAGGAAUUCAUCGAAGAAAAGAAACUGCGUGGACCAGAAGCCGCCAGCGUGAUCGCCACCCUGCGCCAAUCCAUCCGUUUCCCAACCGAAGCUCUGUUGCACGAAUUCUUCCUGCUGAUCACCUCCGACAUCGUCCAGCACCAGGAAGGUUUGAACACCACCGCUCUGAUCACCUACACUAGCUUCGUCAACCAGGCUCAAGUUAACAACCGUUCUGCCUACAACUACUACCCAGUCCACAGCUUCGGUCGCUUGGCUGAUGCUGACUACAAAAUCGUUGCCCACAAGAUCGUCCCAUGGCUGUCUCACAAACUGCGUGAAGCCGUUAAGGAAGCCGACAGCAUCAAGAUCCAGGUGUAUGCCCGUUCUCUCGGAAACCUUGGACACCCAGAAAUCCUGAAUGUUUUUGAGCCAUACCUGGAAGGCAAAAUCCCAAUCAGCGAAUACCAACGUCUGGCUUUUGUUGUCGCUCUUGAUAAACUGGUUGAGAACUUCCCGAAAUUGUCUCGCUCGGUCCUGUUCAAGAUCUACCAGAACACCGCUGAGAAGAAUGAAAUCCGUAGCGCUGCCGUUCACUUGCUGAUCCGUUCCGAACCACCAGCAGAGAUGCUUCAACGCAUGGCCGAAUACACCCACCAGGACCCUAGCCAGUACGUUCGUGCUGCUGUCAAGACCGCUCUUGAAUACGCCGCUCAGGCCGAUGAAUUCGACAACUACAGUGAACUGGCUGAGAACGCCAAGGCCGCCUACAAGCUGUUGGAUGGAAAGGAUUUCAGUCUGCAAUAUUCGUCGAACUACAUCCGUGACUAUGCUCUGAAACAACUUGAUCUUACUUACCGUCUGUUUGCUACUCAAAUCGCUGCUGAUGAUCAUUACAUCCCAAGCGCUGUGCUCACCCAAAUUCGCAAGAACUUGGGAGGAGUCAAGCGUUUCUCGACUUUCUACUACUUGGUUUCGAGCAUGGAAUCGUUCAUCGAUCUGGUCGACAAGCAGAUUGAUAGCCGCAUCAUCGAGAAGGACUACAAAACUGCCAACUACUACUACAAGUACUACAAGCAGUUCCCAGAAAAGCAAAACGAAUACUUUGAAAAGUACGCUGAAGCCCAUGGCAAAUCAUUCGGAGAUUACUUCCAACAGAUGGACAAGAAGGAGGGCCGUUUCUACGAAAAUGAACCACAAAAGUGGUCUACUACUCGCAUUGCCAAGCUGCUGAACAUCGAUCCUCUUGAAGCUCAGGAAUUGGAAGGUCAAGUUAUGAUGAAUCUGUUCAAUGGUGAAUACUUCUAUGCUUUCAACAACCAAACCAUCGAAAACUUCCCACGCAAGGUCAAGGACGUCCUGGAGGAUCUCCGCAACGGAAUGAACCUGAACAUCACCAAGUUCUACCAACAACAGGUUGUGACUCUUGCCUUCCCAUUGGCCUCUGGUCUGCCGUUCAUGUACACUCUGAAGACCCCAACCGUUGUCAAAUUCGAGACUGAAGCCACCAUCAAGACCUACCCGAACAUUGCCAAGAUGCCUGCUGGACACCCGGAAACUGAAAACAACGACUACCUCCAUAUGCCACGUGUAUUGAACGGAUCCGUCGAUGUGAACCUGGUCUAUCACCGUCUGGUCGAUGCCAAGGUUGGCUUCGUCACUCCAUUCGACCAUCAGCGUUAUAUUGCCGGUUACCAGAAGAAGGUUCAAGGAUUCCUGCCAAUGAGCGUUAAGCUGAACUUGGACUUGGAGAACAACGACCACCAAUUCGAGCUGGAAGCCCUUGAACCCAAGAAGGACAACCUGCUGAUCCAUUUGAGCUCAUGGCCAUACGUUGGAUUCAAGGAUAUCACUGACAUGCGCCCAAUUGCCGAGAGCCCCAACGCCAAGAUUGUGCACGGCAAUGAACAAACUACCAAGUCUUUUGAACAGACCUUCGGCCAACACAUGACCGGUCUUGCUCUGCGAGUGCACGCCAAGUACGAUGCUGACUUCAUCAACAUUGGCCGCGUCAUGGAGCUGAUCAACCAACACGACUACGUUUCUGCUCUGUUGUAUCCAUUCGCUUCUCAAAGCUAUCACUAUCAUCAGUUCAACGUGUACUACGACGCUCAGCGUUCUACCGCCAAGACUGUUAAGCUGUUCUCGAACUACAAGGAGAACGAUGCUGCUCAGGACUACGCCAAGGAAGAGGUCAAGCACCCCAAGGGUCGUCAUGCUUAUUCCGGAUUCUACAACGAAGAUAACUUCGCUCAACCCUUCGUCUAUGGUGUUGCCAGCCAGCGUCGCCAGGAACAAUUCAUCAAGAACGCCGCUGCUGGAAUCCGUAACAGUGAUGUUGAUAUGUUCAACUUUGGAAUCAUGUUCGAGGGACAAGAGAAGAAGAGCGAAUUCGUUCUGACCACCGCUUAUGCCGAUAGCCCAGUUGAUGAGAAGGCUCGUUUCCUGUUCUUCUUGUCUGCCAGCCCCAUGGACAGCCAAAAGUCGAUCUUCAAGGAUGUUUCUUUCCGUGGAAACCAAUUCCAGCUGUGCUUCACUGCCGAUAGCCAGUUCCCGAAUGUGCCCAAGCUCAACUUCUUGAACGCUUUGAACAACGAUGUCACUUCUCGCUUCAACUGGGAACUGUCCUAUGGUGAGAAAUGCCAGGGAGGAGCCCAAAUUUCUGGUCAAGGAAAACUCUACCAGUCGGAUAUGUUCCGUCACUUUGUCCGCGUCUCGGAAGUCGGUCAGAAGUGCAAGGAGCAAAUGGAUCAAGGCAAAUAUCAACUGCCAGCCUGCCAGAACGCUACUCGCCAGGCCAGCUACCUGGAUCAAUACCAAUUCGAUGUUCAAUUCAAGGAUAUCGGUUCCACUGCCAAGCGUUUCGCUGCCAAGUUCAACGACUUCAUUCGUUUCGCUGCCUACCCAUACUACGAGUCCAACUACCAGUUCUCUGGCAAGCACGGUCAAAUCAAGGCUGAGUUCAGCUUGGCUCCUUUCGGCGAUUACUUCAACGCUUCCUUCUACUCUCCGGAAUAUGCUUUCGAAAUCGAAAACUACCCAAUUGAUAACUACUACGCCCAGUAUUUCGUUGGACUCCAUCCAGAGCUGAGUGCUUUCGAGCGUGUUGCUACCUAUGCCUAUCGCGGAAACUAUCAACCAUCUUGCGCUGUUUCCACCAACUACAUCAGCACCUUCGAUGACAAGACCUACGAUUACUCUAUGGGUCCAUGCUGGCAUGUUCUUGCCCACGCCGUGAAGCCUGACUACGAAUACUACGCUCAGCAGUCUCACUUCCAGAACCCCGAUUCCGAGUACCGCUUCAAGAACGGAUUCGAUGAGGAUGAGCAGAUCAGCAUCUUGGGUCGCGCUGGCGAGAAGAACGAGCUUUACUUCAAGGUUGUCCUCGGACAGUACAAGCAGAACGACUACAACGUCGACAUUAUCCCAAGCGGACAAGAUCUGCCAAAGGUUUACAUCAAUGGCAAGCCUCAACAGAUUCACGAGAAAUACGCCACCGAGCUGUACACCAACGACAACGGAGGUGACCAGCCAUUGUUCCGUGCCUACGCUCUGCCAGGAAAUGAGCUCGAGAUCAGCAUUCGCGAUGAUGAUGUGAAGAUUGUGUUCGAUGGCAAGCGUGCUCGCAUCUUUGCCGAUCAAUCCUACUACGGAAACUUUGUCGGUCUGUGCGGAACCAACGACGGCGAAUCUUACAACGACUUUGUCACUCCCGAUCAGUGCUUCAUGAGCAAACCAGAAUACUUCGCUGCUUCGUACGCCAUCACUGGACAGCAAUGCGAAGGCCGCGCCAAGGCUUUCAACAUCGCUUACCAAGAACAGGCCAAGUCUGAAUGCGUCCGUGAGGAAUACUUCCUCGGAAACGUGAUCAGCGAACAGGAAGCUGGCCGCAAGCGUUACCGAUUCUACAACCACGACGUCGUUGAUUCUUCCAGCUCCAGCUCUUCGUCCAGCGACUCUUCGUCUUCGUCUUCCUCGGAAUCGAACUCCAAGGCUUCGUCCUCCAGCGAAAACUCCAGCUCAUCCAGCUCUGAGGAGCGCAAAGAAUACCACCCUCAUCGUCAGACCGAUACCCUGAAGGAAUGCCGUGUCCAGCAGGCUCAGCGCGUCUUCAAGAAGGACAACAUGCUGUGCUUCACCAUCCAGCCACUGCCAACUUGCUCUCAAUCUUGCGGAUCAUCCGAUGAGGUCGAGAAGUUCGUCGAUGUUCACUGCCGUGACAUCCAGGACAGUUUGGCCAUCUCCUUCGAGAAGCAAAUCCGCCGUGGAGUGAACGUUGAUCUGAAGGAUCGCUCCGUUUCGCGCACCAUCCGUGUCCAGAUUCCGAAAACUUGCGUGCACCAGGCUGCCCCCAAGAACAGGUUCAUCAAGUACUGAUUCCUUCGAAAGCUGUAACGCUGGAAAUGACCCUAGCUCUACUUAAAGGCCUAUGAUAUUGUUACAACAAACCAUAAAAAGAUUGUUAAUAAUGAGCAUUCAGAAAAUCAACCAAAAAAAUUGAGGAGAACAA